GCUUCAAAGUUUGUCGCGCCGUAAGUGACGUCAUUUCGAAGCGCCAGCAGUGAGCGCUCAUCAGCGAGCAUGUAGAAUUCAGUAAAACAUUUACGCGCGUUCGUGGGAUUUGAGCUUUUCAUUCUUCGAAAUGGCUGAUUACUGGAAGUCGCAGCCGAGGAAGUUCUGUCAGUACUGCAAAUGCUGGAUCGCGGAUAAUAAACCCAGUGUCGAGUUCCACGAGAGAGGAAAGAAUCACAAAGAAAAUGUUGCGGCCAAAAUUGCAGAGAUUAAGAAGAAAAGUGUGGCGAAAGCCAAGCAGGAGAAGAAGAUGUCGAAGGAGUUCGCAGCGAUGGAGGAAGCGGCUCUGAAGGCGUAUGAGGAGGAUCUGAAAAGGCUGGCGGGUCAGUCGUCAGGUGAGAGUGUGGCUCCGUCUGUGGCUCCGUCUGUAGCUCCUGCUAAAACACAGAAAAAGCCCAAGAAAGUGAAAGUGAGCGUCCCGUCAGAGAGAAGCAGCAGAGAGCAGACAGACGCCUGGCUCCGAGGAACCACAGACGACGGCCUGGAGUACUUCUACAACACCAUCACCGGAGAGUCUCGGUGGGAGAAACCCGACGGGUUUGUGGGAGAGAGCUUGUCAUCGGCUGCUGGACUAACACAGGAUCUGUCAGCUGGUUCCUGGAUGGAGGCUGUGAGUCCUGAUGGAUACAUGUACUACUACAACACAGAGACGGGCGAGUCCAGCUGGGAGAAACCGGAUGAUUUCAACGAAGAGGAAGUCGCUCCUCCUGGUGUUGAUUCUCCUCGUGAGGAGGCGCAAGCAGCAGAAGAUCCGUCUCCUCCAGAGUCUACUCCUCAGCCGGAGUCUGAGUCUGGAGCUGAAGACACGUCCGAGCCUCCUAAAGACACACCAGAACCAGACCAAACCAUUCAGACCGGUGCCCCGAAGAUCAGUUUCAGAAAGAGAAAAGAAGAGCCGCUCCAAACGUCAGCGGACGCCGGAGGAGAGAGGAGCUCCGAUGAUGGAGAGACUGAAGAGAAACAGGAAGAAGUGGUGAAGGAGGUCCAGAUCCCUGUGAAGAGACCCAGAAAGAUCAAUCCCUACGGAGCCUGGGAACGAAUCCAAGCACAGGAGGAUCCGUAUGAGAAGGUGGAUCUUCAGCUGCCGCAGACGGAGAGCGCCGCUCAGACCCCCGCCGACGGCCCCCCGGAGCCCAGGGCCAGGUUCAAGGAGCGUACCAUCACGUCCCUGGGGCCCCAGAGCAGCGCCGGAGCCACCUUCAAGAAGAGGAAGACUGAGAACGGCAAGUCCAGGAGCCUCCGACAGAGAGAAACCGACGAGUAGACGCUUCUCCACGGGACUAUGAGACUCAGAUCUGAGUUUCACUAUUUUAUAUAUUCUUGGCAGGCGAUGUUUUACCUGCUUCUUUGUGAAUAUUUCCAGGCAUCAGUUUUGUUUCCAGAGAUUAAAGUGAUCAUAUGUCGGGUGUGAGCGAGUGUGUUGUGUGUUUUACAUUUGCGAUUGUUGUCAUGAAGAAUCAAAGCCAUAGUUUAAUCCUGCAGACGUUCGUUGCUCAUCUCAAAUGACAUUAAAAGGGUUUUUACAGGAAAA